CCGCCCGUACGCCUGAAAACCGCCGCUCGCUUGUGUGUGCCAUCCAGGUACGCCCGUGUGUGCGCCGCCGUCGUGUGUGUCGGUCUCUCGCGUGUGCGCGAGGCGAGGCGCGGAUUCUUUCUCCACCACUACCACCGAUAACCACCCUCUACUAUCCUCAUGCGACAGCAACAGCGCUUGCCUAAUCAGUGCGACAACUUGUUAUGUCUCUAAUUGAAAUCUAGUGGUGUGGCACUGCGACAAGCGAAAACAAACUUUUCGGAUUUCGGUUUAAUUAAAACUUUUGCAAAAAAUAUUUUGUGUACAAUACAUUUUGUGUGAUUCAUUUGGAUAUUGUUACGUGUGGAUUAUACAUAAUAUAAAACUCGAAUGGGAAAAGAAAGGAGGAUCCAAAACAGCAAUCAAAAAGGAUAAAUUAAUAACUUUAUAAUAUUAGGCAAUUUAUAUUGACUACUUUGUGUGUUUGUGAUGAGUGUGUUGCCUAACUCACCACCUGUGCGCGAUUCUAACCGAUAAAAGUGUGAAACUCAAAAGAAAAAUAAAACAACUUUAGUUAGCGUUUGGUGAGUGAUUUAGUGCUCGCUGUUUGGUGACUUAGUUAAAAGUGUUCCUGUGGACUGGACGAAAUGCAAGGAUUAUUCGUUCGCAGCGCACUCGGGUGCAUGUGUGCGGUGAGUUGAGUGGCCGUGCGGCGACACGCUUUACCGAUUACCAAGCCGGUGCACAGCAGGAGUGCAGCGGUGCGUCGCGACGCCAUGAAGACCUCCUCAUCAGGAUGCGUCGUUCUCGCGACCUGGAUUUUUAUUCUGCUCGAACUCUGCACAGGUGGAGAUGCAGCAGCACAUGCAGUGAAACGUUUCACUGGUCUAUACACCGGUCCAUAUUUUGAUCCAACCACCACAACAAACAUCACCACCCAACUGGGCACACACGCUUACCUCCCUUGCAAGGUAAAACAGCUGGGCAACAAAUCCGUGUCGUGGAUCCGGCGCCGAGACGCGCACAUCCUCACCGUCGACCGGUACACGUUCAUCGCCGACGACCGCUUUCAGGCUUUCCUCGUCGAUUCCACCGACACGUGGACACUACAAGUGAAAUACGUACAGGCACGUGACGCUGGCCAGUACGAGUGCCAAGUGAGCACAGAACCCAAGAUGAGUCAUUUUAUUACGCUCAAUGUUGUCGUGCCGAAGAUUGAAAUCAUCGGCGAGGCGGAAGUCUACUUCAAAACCGGAAGCAAAGUGAAUCUCAAAUGUGUCAUCACACAAUCACUAGAGGAACCAGCUUAUAUCUUUUGGUAUCACGAUGGUGAACGGGUUUUGGAAUAUGACAGACGAGCGAUUGAUAUUAGUAUGGAACGCGUUGGUGCUGACACGACCGUCAGUACACUUUCGGUGUUUUAUGCUAAACCGGAAAACUCGGGGAAUUAUACAUGUAGCCCAUCGAAUUUGGACUCGGCGAGUGUUUUACUACACGUGCUAAACGGUGAACAUCCAGCAGCAAUGCAACGCGAAAACUCCGCAUCACCAAUUCCGGGCUGGUCCCAUCUGUCAAUGGGUCUCGGCUUGGCGGCGUGCACACCCCCGCGGUUCGCAUUCGCCGUCGCGCUCACCCUCGCCGCCAUCGCCCAAUUGUUAAUCAUUUAAUUAAUUCUAACGCAGUGCGAGCGUUGCAAACGUUGAAGAUUUCACUUUGGUUUGUUAUUGAUUAGAUUUUAUACAAAAUGGAUGUGUUGCUGGAGCGGAGGAGAGCCAAACAACGUUGCAGAUUGCGAAAACUACAUAUUCAAGGACAACCAAUAUUGAAUAUAAGCAAAACUUGACAAAAAAUGACGAAAAUAAAUUCACAACUUACAUUUUAAACGUGUAAUACUGUAAUUAAAUGAAUAUGAAUAACUAAGCAUUAUUCGCAAAGUCCUUUUAAUACAUAUAUUGUAUACCUAAUUGUAAUUAACGAUUUCUAUGUGCUGUGGGGAUGAAUGCAGAAAGCAACACUUGGAAGCGCAAUGUGUCUAUCCAUUGGAGAUUAUAAUUAUUCGAUAAAAAAUAAUCAUUUUCAUGUACAUACGUUAUGACUACGAAUUGUUUUCACUAAAAAUAUGAAUGAAAUAACAGCGGGCGACGUGAAUAAUAAAACAUAACCUAACUUAAGCCUAAAACUAAAUAAAGGUGUGAUUUAUUAGUUAAAUUCUGUCAGAUGAGAAUGCGAUGAAUGUAAUAUGAAUAAUAUCAUUCAGUUUGAUUUAAAAAACCGAGAAAAUUACACACAAACACAGAGAAAAAUGAAGAAAAUUGUAACUGGUUAAGAAAUGUAAACGUAAUUACUUCGUAAGCAGCAGACACACAGUAUAAACCACAUUAAUCAUUACAUUUACCCACUAAAGAUAAAUGAAAGAAGUGUAUAAAGUAUUUUUACUGUCGAUGCAGACGUUCGAAACACUCAAUGUGCAAUACAUGAUUUUGAAACAUGUCAAUAUAUUAAUUCAGCCACAAAUGGACGCUAAAUAUUGAAUAAAUAAAUCAUUCCUUUGUAUUAUACUAUAAGAUGGGUGAGCGUGUAAAAAAUUAACGACUAAACAAAAGCUUUGGAUGCGAUUGGUGGAGAGAUAAGAACGAUAUUUCGAAAAGGACUUUGAUGUUCUUGUUCUUUGAUCAUUUAAUUGAUCUCACUUGAAUGUAAGAGAAUGGAAUCAUGAUGUGAGAGGUAUGGCGAUGGAUUGGAGAAUAAAUAUGUACGUGAGCUGUUACUCAAAAUACUAUUUAAAAAUAUUAAUGAAGAUGGCGGGAGGGGAAAAAACCAAAGGUGAAAUUAUUAGCCACAUAGGGUUAUGUUUUGAUUUUUAAACAAUUUCAUUGAUGUACUUUAGGUAAGAAAACAGAAUGUAACCCAAUACUUUAUGUUAAAUAAAUCGUUAAUAAAAACUACCCAGAUAAUUGCUAA